CAUCGCCGGGAGAGCCUCUGGGCCGCGAGUUGAGAUGUCAGCCACAAAUCAAGCUGACAUAGAGGCUGAGAAACAGGCCUUGAAAAUAAAGUUACCACCUAUAGUCUAUCCUCCUGCUAAUUUAUCCAAAGAAACACCAUUACAAAGUCAACUGUUGAAGUAUCGGAAAGCCAAGCAAGACAAAAGGAGAUUUAAUCAGCUACUAAACGAUGGAGCUUUAAAACAUUUAGACAAAAUGGUGGAAGACAAGAAAAACACACCACCCGCACCACCUGAACCACAGUUACCUUCAACGAUGGACUGUGAAGUAAAAAAAAGAGCUGCCAACUAUCUUUAUAUGAAGGAAUGUAUAGAAAAAAGUCCAGUAGGAGGAGUUACGAAGGAGUGUUUUGAUAAUAUACUAAAGAUGGUACCUACAUCACUAAAAGAAGGCCAAGAUACAAAAGAUUUUGUGGAAAUUCUUAUAAAUGAGGUAAAAAGUGACUAUGAAAGGAGCAUGAGGAGAUAUUUGGUUAAAACUACUCUUGUGAAACCUGAUAUCAAAUGGCUUGAAGAUACAGGAGGACCUUUACCAACAUCACCCCUAGGCCUGUCAUAUUCAUGUCGUGGGAAUCCUGCAUUUGUACGAGCCAAAAAGCAAAUGCUUUCUAAUUUACAUAUUCUUCACCCAGCCAUGAGAGCAUUAUUGAGCUAUUGUUAUACAACAUUUGCUGAUUUGUAUAUAAUAGACUUAACAGGAUUCAGGCUUAACGGUCCAAUUGAUUGUGAAGGCCUGAAAGAAGAAGUGUCUGAAAGCGCAAAAAACACUGAAGAGAAGUUGAUGAACAUAUGGUUUCCAAAGGUUAUCAAUAUAGUCAUCAAGAAGGAGAAUUUACAGAGCAUUCAACCAGACAAAAUGGAUUCUUUCUAUAACUGUGUGACUACCCUUAUGGCUAAUCAGCUGAGAGCGCUAUUGACAAAAACAGUGGAAGCCUUUGUAGACGUCUUUGUUGUUGGAGAUCAAGAUUUGCUACCAUUAUUUAAGAUGGAAUUGACACUCGAUGAAGAAAAAAUGAAGUUUUAUCCCACCUUUCAAGAUUUGGAAGAUGUCGUUCUGAGGUUGGUGGUUCGGAUAACAGAGGCUAUGCAGCAUGUCCAAACUGUAAAUUCUUGGCUAAUGGGAGCACCCACACCUGUGAUUAUUAACGCACAUCUUCCUGACCAUGUCGUGAACCAGGCCUUUUCUAAACUAAGGCCAGCAGUAAGCUUGAAUUUACAGGGUCCAAAAAACCUUCUUGAGGAAUUUGUUGAAAAAUAUGGUUGGCUUGUGGAUGGGACUGCAGUUAGACAAAUAGCGACUUUUCAGGUAGAAGAUCACAAUUUUGAUGACUACAUGGAAUUUAUAGACAGAUUUUUCAGCCUUGCCAGUGAAAUUACACUGUUGCCAAAUGUGGUUCAUUUCCCUUUCGUGCACUUGGAUUGUGAAGAUAUAAAGAAUGGAUUGGUGGAAAGAGUACAAAAAUAUGCAAAUAUAUUGCUGAGCAACAUAGCUGCAAAACUCAGACAAGAAGGCAAAAGGGUAUGCGUUGAAUUUGAAAAGAUCAAAGAGCAGGCAUUAAGAAUUCCCCAGACUACGGAAGAAAUGAUUCAACUUAUGUCUUAUAUAGAAAAGACUAGAACUGAGGGGAUUGAGCAGUUGAAUUCAAGAAUCAAGGAAUGCCACCGGCAAAUGGAUUAUCUUUUAGAUAGUUUCACCUUUACUCCAGAAGAUUUAAUAUUAAAUGCAACGGUCCUUAUGUGGCCUCAGAAUAUUAAUCCUAUCUUUGAUAAAAAUGAUGAACUGAUUGAGGCUGCUAAGCUUAACGGUGAAAUUGAACUACUAGCAAAGAGAGAGAAACUUAUUUUGGAAAUGGACAAGCUGGAAAGGUGCAUAGAAGAGCUGGCUGAUUAUACAGAAUUGGAUCGAAUACACCAGUAUGUGAGUGAUAUAAGAGCAUUGCACAGGAGAAUGCAGGAUGCUGAAGAUGUAGUUGCUUUCAUUAACAAAGAAGAGAGACUCUUCAAUUGGGAAAUAACAAAGUAUCCAGAGCUGGAUAAUUUGAAAAGUAGCAUGGAACCCUAUCAGAAGCUAUUUUCUUCUAUUUUAAAGUGGCAACGCACUGAAAAACGGUGGAUGGAUGGAGCUUUCCUGGAUCUCAAUGGGGAAAGAAUGGAGAUGGAAAUAGAUGAAUAUUUUCGAGAAAUUUACAAAACAUUGAGGUUUUUCCAGCAAAAAGACAAGAAGGAUGCACAAGAAAAGAGAAGAACAGGAAGAAGAUCAAUUGGAGAGGAAAAAGUUGAAAAAACCAAGGAAAAUCCAAUCAUUACGAUGUGCUCCACAGUAAUAGACCAGAUAAAAACCUUUAAGGACUAUGUCCCCAUAGUGUCAAUACUGUGUAAUCCAGGCCUGAAGACUCGUCACUGGGAGCAGCUUUCUGACAUUGUAGGAUUUGACUUAACUCCAGACUCUGGAAGUACUCUAAGAAAAAUGUUAAAGCUGAAUCUUUCACCUUACCUGGAUCAAUUUGAAAUAAUAAGUGUAGGUUCAAGUAAGGAAUUUUCAUUAGAGAAAGCUAUGCACGCAAUGAUCAGUGUUUGGGAUGAUACUGCUUUUAAUAUAAGCCCCUAUCGUGAGACAGGAAUCAGUAUUCUCUCUUCGGUGGAUGAAAUUCAGAGUACUCUCGAUGAUCAGAUUGUAAAAACCCAAACAAUGCGGGGAUCACCUUUUAUUAAACCAUUUGAACUAGAAAUCAAGGCUUGGGAGGACAGUCUGAUUAGAAUUCAAGAAACUAUUGAUGAAUGGCUGAAAGUGCAAGCACAAUGGCUUUACCUAGAGCCCAUCUUUAGUUCUGAGGAUAUAUUGCAACAGAUGCCAGAAGAGGGACGGCUCUUUCAGACUGUGGAAAGACACUGGAAGGAUAUCAUGAAGCAUUGUGCCAAAGAUACGAAGGUCUUUGCUGCUACUUCUUUGACAGGCUUAUUGGAAAAUCUUCAAAAUUGCAAUGAGCUUCUGGAUAAAAUUAUGAAGGGGCUUAAUGCUUACCUUGAAAAGAAACGUCUUUUCUUUCCUCGUUUUUUCUUCUUGUCGAAUGAUGAAAUGUUGGAGAUCUUGUCGGAGACUAAAGAUCCACAUAGAGUUCAGCCUCACUUGAAAAAGUGCUUCGAGGGCAUUGCUAAAUUGCAGUUCCUUCCCAAUCUGGAUAUUAAGGGCAUAUAUAGUAGUGAAGGGGAACGAGUGGAGUUGAUCUCGCUUAUUUCUACUUCUGAAGCUCGAGGUGCUGUGGAGAAGUGGUUGGUCCAAGUAGAAGAUGUUAUGCUGAAGAGCAUACAUGAUGUGAUCGCUAGAUCAAGACUGGCAUAUGCAGAAUCUGCCCGAAAAGACUGGGUUCAAGAGUGGCCGGGCCAGGUUGUGCUAUGUGUUUCUCAAAUGUUUUGGACUUCUGAGACUCAAGAAUCUAUAGCUGAUAAGAAAGAGGGCUUAAAGGACUAUUAUAGUCUACUGCAGCUCCAGCUAAAUGAUAUAGUAGAACUGGUAAGAGGAAAAUUAUCUAAGCAAACGAGGAUAACUCUAGGUGCUUUGGUUACCAUUGAUGUCCACGCUAGAGAUGUUGUCCAGGAAAUGAUUGAAUUAGGAGUGUCACAUGACACAGAUUUCCAGUGGCUAGCUCAGUUGCGAUAUUACUGGGAAUAUGAGAAUGUUCGUGUUCACAUCAUUAACUGUAACGUAAAGUAUGCCUAUGAAUACCUUGGCAACUCACCUCGACUCGUCAUUACGCCUCUUACUGACAGAUGUUAUCGCACAUUGAUUGGAGCCUUUUAUUUAAAUCUUGGAGGAGCUCCAGAAGGCCCAGCAGGCACAGGAAAAACAGAAACUACAAAGGACUUGGCUAAAGCCCUGGCUGUACAGUGUGUUGUUUUCAAUUGUUCAGAUGGGCUAGAUUACUUAGCUAUGGGAAAGUUUUUUAAAGGACUGGCUUCUUCAGGUGCUUGGGCAUGUUUUGAUGAAUUUAAUCGAAUUGAGCUGGAAGUGUUGUCUGUAGUAGCUCAGCAAAUUCUUUGUAUUCAGAGAGCUAUUCAACUGAAGUUGGAAGUGUUUAAUUUUGAAGGGACAGAAUUGAAGCUGAAUCCAAACUGUUUUGUAGCGAUUACUAUGAAUCCUGGGUAUGCAGGACGUUCUGAAUUGCCUGACAAUCUCAAGGUUCUCUUUCGAACUGUCGCAAUGAUGGUUCCGAACUAUGCCCUCAUAGCAGAAAUUUCUCUCUACUCAUAUGGGUUUCUGAAUGCAAAGCCCUUGUCUGUGAAGAUAGUAAUGACCUACAGGCUGUGUUCAGAACAGCUUUCGUCUCAAUUCCACUAUGACUACGGAAUGCGUGCAGUUAAGGCAGUAUUAGUGGCUGCUGGAAACUUGAAACUGAAGUUUCCGAAUGAAGAUGAAGACAUACUUCUUCUGAGAUCAAUUAAGGAUGUGAAUGAACCAAAGUUUUUGUCAUAUGACAUACCCUUGUUUAAUGGAAUAACCAGUGACUUAUUUCCUGGCAUUAAACUUCCAGAAUCUGAUUAUAAUGAUUUUUUGGAAUGUGUUUAUGCUUGCUGCAAAAAACAUAACAUCCAGCCCGUUAAAGUGUUUGUUGACAAAAUGAUUCAGACAUAUGAAAUGAUGAUUGUUAGACAUGGCUUUAUGCUUGUAGGAGAGCCUUUUUCUGGAAAGACCAAAGUUCUGCAUAUGCUGGCAGAGACUUUAAAUCUCAUGAAUAUCCGUGGAUAUGGUGAGGAACAAAAAGUCAUUUUCAGAACUGUAAACCCCAAAUCCAUCACUAUGGGCCAACUUUUUGGACAGUUUGAUCCAGUGUCUCAUGAGUGGACUGAUGGUAUUGUAGCUAAUACCUUUCGAGACUUUGCUUCAUCAGAAUUACCUGAACGUAAGUGGGUUGUAUUUGAUGGCCCUAUCGACACUCUGUGGAUAGAAAGCAUGAACACAGUAUUAGAUGACAACAAAAAGCUGUGCUUGAUGAGUGGGGAAAUCAUUCAAAUGUCUUCUCACAUGAGUCUCAUCUUUGAAACGAUGGACCUUUCUCAGGCCUCACCUGCUACCGUCAGCCGCUGUGGUAUGAUUUAUUUAGAGCCUCUACAACUAGGCUGGACUCCACUUAUAACUUCUUGGUUGGAUUCACUAAAGGCACCUCUGUGCCAAAACGACCAUAAAAAUCUUCUGCAAAAUCUUUUUGACUGGUUAAUACCACCAGCUUUAAGAUUUCGUCAAAAAAAUUGCAAGGAGUUGGUUACCACAAGCAAUAGCAAUGCCGUCGUAUCUCUCACUCGCCUCUUUGAAACGCUGAUUUGUAAUUUGGUAGAAAAGAACCCUGCCAGCAGACACAUCCGCGUUUGGAUUAUGGCUGGCUUUAUCUUUUCCUUGAUUUGGUCCAUUGGUGGAAGCUGUGAUACAAAUGGUCGAGUCCUUUUUGAUUCCUUUUUGAGAGAAAUUAUCAUGGGAAAGAAUAAAAACCACCCGGUGCCAGCUGCUGUGGGUAGAUGGGAAUGCAAAUUUGAAGAGAAAGGCUUGGUCUACGACUAUAUGUAUGAGUUGAAAAAUCGAGGCCGCUGGGUCCAUUGGAAUGAAUUCAUUGAAGGUACCGACUUUAGUCGUAAGGUCAAGAUUCAGGACAUCAUAGUACCUACAAUGGAUACAAUUCGAUAUACCUAUCUGAUGGACUUAUGUAUUACCUAUGAGAAGCCGCUGCUUUUUGUGGGACCAACUGGUACAGGAAAAUCUGUUUAUGUGAAGGAUAAACUGAUGAAUCACUUGGAAAAGAACCUGUAUUUUCCAUUUUUCGUUAAUUUCUCAGCACGGACCAGUGCCAAUCAGAUCCAGAAUAUUAUUAUGGCAAAGUUGGACAAAAGGCGCAAAGGAAUAUUUGGACCUCCUAUGGGAAAGAAGUGCAUAAUCUUUAUAGAUGACAUGAGCAUGCCAGCAUUGGAGAAAUAUGGAGCUCAGCCUCCUAUUGAAUUAUUAAGGCAGUUUAUUGACUGUGGAAAUUGGUAUGACCUAAAGGACACAUCGAAAAUUUCAUUGGUUGAUGUACAACUGAUUGCUGCAAUGGGCCCUCCAGGUGGUGGGAGGAAUCCAAUCUCUCCUCGCUUUAUCCGUCAUUUCAACGUGUGCUCCAUAAAUGCUUUUGGUGAUGAAACUAUGGUCCGCAUAUUUUCAACCAUUAUAGCUUUCUACCUUAGGACUCGUGAAUUCACUGCUCAAUACUUUUCAGUUGGAAACCAAAUUGUCAGUGGGACUAUGGAGAUAUAUAAAAAAGCUAUGGAAAAUCUGUUGCCUACACCAGCCAAGUCUCACUACCUGUUCAACUUACGUGAUUUUUCACGAGUUAUCCUAGGCUGCUUACUUAUCGAAAAGGAAGCUGUUAAGAAUAAGCAGAUCAUGAUCCGUCUGUUUGUUCAUGAAGUAUAUCGAGUAUUUUAUGAUCGCCUGGUAGAUGAUACUGAUAGAGCGUGGUUGUUCGGAACUAUCAAAAAUGUUUUGAAAGAACAUUUCAAAGAAUCAUUUGAUAGUGUGUUUUCACAUUUGAGAAAAGAAAAAGCACCGGUGACGGAAGAGGAUUUAAGAAGUUUGCUCUUUGGUGACUACAUGGAGCCAGAUUUUGAAGGAGAUGAAAGAGUUUAUAUUGAAAUUCCAAGUAUUCAGGAGUUCAGUAAUGUUGUGGAGCGCUGCUUGGAUGAAUAUAACCAAACUCACAAAACAGGAAUGAAUCUUGUCAUUUUUAGGUAUGUGUUGGAACAUUUGUCUCGAAUAUGUCGCAUUCUGAAGCAGUCAAGGGGUAAUGCUUUGCUAGUUGGACUUGGAGGAAGUGGUCGCCAAUCAUUGACCCGUUUAGCUACAUCUAUGGCAAAAAUGCAGAUUUUCCAGCCAGAAAUUUCCAAGAGCUAUGGUAUGAAUGAGUGGAGAGAGGAUUUGAAGCACCUUCUGAAAAAUGCAGGUAUGAAAGGCAUGAAGACUGUUUUUCUAAUUACGGAUACCCAGAUUAAAGAAGAAGCUUUCCUAGAGGAUAUUGAUAGUGUGCUCAAUACCGGAGAAGUUCCAAAUAUUUUUGCUGCAGAUGAAAGACAAGAAGUGAUGGAGGGUGUUCAUCCAAUACUCCAGUCUGGCAUUAAGCAGGAGGAACCCAGUCCCUUAGCUUUGUUUGCUUUCUUUGUGAACCGCUGCAGAGAAAAUCUUCAUGUUGUAGUAGCCUUUAGCCCCAUUGGAGAUGCUUUUCGUAAUCGCCUGAGGCAGUUUCCAUCCCUCAUCAAUUGCUGUACCAUUGACUGGUUCCAGCCCUGGCCUGAAGAUGCUCUUGAACGUGUCGCUGUAACCUUUUUAGAAACACUGGAACUCACACAGAUUGAACGUCAGGAAGUUGUGCCAAUCUGUAAACACUUUCACACAUCUGCUACAACCCUCUCAGCAAGAUUCUUGCAAGUUCUGGGAAGACAUAACUAUGUUACUCCUACGUCUUACCUUGAACUCAUUGCAGCAUUCCAACAGCUUUUGACUCAGAAACGACAUACUGUGAUGAAAGCCAAAAAACGAUAUAUGAAGGGGCUAGAUCAAUUGGCUUUUGCUGAAUCUCAAGUCGGCGAGAUGCAGCUGGAACUAGUUGAGUUGCAACCUAAAUUGGAAGAGGCUAAAGUGGAGAAUGCCACCAUGAUGAAGGUUAUCGAAAAAGAAUCCGCAGCAGUGGAAGCCAAGAGUAAAGUUGUAAAAGUAGAUGAAGAGGAAGCUUUAGGCAAAGCCAAAGAAGCUCAGGCCCUGAAGAAUGAAUGUGAGAGUGACCUAGCAGAAGCAAUUCCAGCCUUAGAAGCUGCUCUUUCUGCCCUUGAUACUUUAAAGCCUGCUGAUAUUUCAAUUGUGAAGUCAAUGAAGAAUCCUCCAUCUGGUGUCAAACUGGUUAUGGCUGCUAUUUGUGUCAUGAAAGACAUAAAGCCUGAAAGAAUUGUAGACCCUACAGGAACUGGAGGCAAGAUAUUAGAUUACUGGGGACCUAGCAAGAAACUUUUGGGGGAUAUUAAUUUUUUAAGAGAUCUGAGAGAAUAUGACAAGGAUAACAUUCCAGGGUCUGUCAUGCAAAAGAUUCGCCAUGAAUAUUUAACCAACCCAGAGUUUGAUCCUCUUAAGAUUGCUAAAGCUUCCUCUGCCGCUGAGGGGUUAUGCAAGUGGAUUAAGGCAAUGGUUGUGUAUGACAGAGUUACAAAGGUGGUUGCACCCAAGAAAGCUCGUCUAGCAGAAGCUCAGAGUUCCUUAGCAGUGACUAUGAAACUCUUAAAUGAGAAGAGAACUGAACUGAGAGAAGUGGAAAAUCAUUUAGCUAAUUUGCAAAACACCUUUCUUGAGAAAACUGAAGAAAAGGCCCAUUUAGAAUUCCAGGUGGAACUAUGUGCUAAGAAACUCGAGAGAGCAUCACAACUAAUUGGCGGACUCGGUGGAGAAAAAUCAAGGUGGUCUCAGGCAGCGGAUAACCUUCAAAACAUAUAUGACAAUUUGACUGGUGAUGUUCUGAUAUCAGCAGGAGUGAUAGCUUAUCUAGGUGCUUUCACUGUUGGCUUCCGACAAGAAUGCACUAAAGAUUGGACCAGAUUGUGCAUGGACAAAGGUAUCCCUUGUUCUGAUGACUUUUCCUUGAGUAAGACCCUUGGUAAUCCAAUAAAAAUCAGGGCUUGGAAUAUUGCUGGUCUACCAACAGAUUCUUUCUCCAUAGACAAUGGGGUGAUCGUUGACAACUCCAGGCGUUGGCCAUUAAUGAUUGACCCCCAGGGUCAAGCCAAUAAAUGGAUAAAAAACUCUGAGAAGGAAAACCAAUUGAGCGUUAUCAAGUCCUCAGAUUCAGAUUACAUGAGAAAACUGGAAAAUUGCAUUCAAUUUGGAAGACCACUUCUGUUAGAAAAUGUUGGAGAAGAACUCGAUCCUUCUUUGGAACCAUUGCUACUUAAGCAGACUUUUAAACAAGGUGGUAUGGAUUGCAUCCGGCUUGGGGAAAUCAUUAUUGAAUAUUCCUUUGACUUCAAAUUCUACAUCACCACAAAGCUGAGGAACCCACACUACAUGCCCGAGCUGGCUACAAAAGUUUCUUUACUCAAUUUCAUGAUAACUCCAGAAGGACUUGAAGACCAGCUAUUGGGUAUAGUUGUUGCCAAGGAGAGACCUGAACUAGAAGAGAAAAGAAAUGCACUUAUUCUCCAGUUUGCAGCCAAUAAAAAACAACUAAAUGAUAUAGAGAAUAAAAUCCUAGAAACAUUACAGUUAUCAGAAGGGAACAUUUUGGAAGAUGAAAGUGCAAUUAAAAUUUUGGAUUCUGCAAAACUAAUGUCUAAUGAGAUCACAAAGAAACAACAGGCUGCAGAAAAAACGGAAAUUAAAAUAGCUGAGUCACGAGAAGGGUACAGAUCAAUUGCAAAGCAUUCUUCAGUUUUGUUUUUUAGCAUUGCAGCCCUUGCUAACAUUGAUCCAAUGUACCAGUAUUCUCUUAGCUGGUUUGUUAACCUUUAUAUCAGCUCUAUUCAUGACAGUAACAAAUCCAAGAUUUUGGAAAAACGUCUACGCUAUUUAAAUGACUACUUCACAUACAGUUUAUUUUGCAAUGUGUGCCGAUCACUGUUUGAGAAGGAUAAGCUGCUGUUUUCUUUUCUGCUCUGCUGCAAUCUUCUCAUGGCCAGGAAAGAGGUUGAACAUCAAGAAUUCAUGUUCCUUUUAACUGGAGGAGUAGGUCUUAAAAGCCCCGAGAAAAACCCUGAUCCAUCUUGGUUACAAGAUAAAAGCUGGGAGGAACUAUGCCGUGCAAGUGAUUUUCCUGCUUUUAAAGGAUUCAGAAAGCAUUUCUGUGAAAAUCUGACCAAAUGGCAAAAAAUCUAUGACAGUAUGGAACCACACACCAUCAGUUUCCCAAAACCAAUGGACAAAAAACUAAAUGAACUGCAGAAGAUAAUAAUCCUUCGGUGUCUGAGACCUGACAAGAUUGGCCCAUCCGUUUCCAAUUACAUAGUUGAUAAAUUGGGUAAGAAGUUUGUAGAACCACCACCAUUUGAUUUGUCAAAAAGUUAUUUAGAUUCAAAUGCCACAGUCCCCCUCAUCUUUGUGUUGUCUCCAGGAGCAGAUCCUAUGGCAAGCCUCCUGAAAUUUGCCAAUGAUAAAAAUAUGACUGGCAAUAUGUUUCAAGCCAUAUCACUGGGACAAGGGCAAGGACCGAUUGCAACAGAGAUGAUUAGAAACGGAAUGGUAGCUGGAUCCUGGAUUUGCUUACAAAAUUGUCACCUGGCUGUCUCCUGGAUGCCAAUGCUGGAAAAAAUUUGUGAAGAUUUUAGAUCUGAAACCUGUCAUCCGGACUUCAGACUUUGGCUCACCAGUUAUCCAUCCCCUAAGUUCCCAGUAACUAUUCUGCAGAAUGGAGUAAAGAUGACAAAUGAGCCACCCACGGGUCUUCGGUUAAAUCUCUUGCAGUCGUAUCUCAGUGAUCCUGUUUCUGAUCCCAGUUUUUUCAGUGGCUGUCAAGGAAAGGAACAGGCUUGGGAGAAACUGCUGUUUGGAGUUUGCUUUUUCCAUGCCCUUGUCCAGGAGAGGAAGAAGUUUGGUCCUCUUGGUUGGAAUAUCCCAUAUGGAUUUAAUGAAUCGGACUUACGCAUCAGUAUCCAACAGCUUCAAUUAUUCAUAAAAGACUAUGACGAAGUUCCAUUUGAGGCUAUAUCUUACCUUACUGGAGAAUGUAACUAUGGAGGACGAGUGACAGAUGAUUGGGACAGACGCCUGCUGUUAACUAUGCUGGCUGAUUUUUAUAACCCAGAAAUAGUGACCAACACACAUUAUAACUUUUCUCCUAGUGGACACUACUAUGCACCUCCCAAAAGCACCUAUGAGGAGUACAUAGAAUUUAUUAAGCAACUUCCAGUUUCUCAGAAACCAGAGAUAUUUGGGCUACAUGAAAAUGUCGCUAUCUCAAAGGAUCUCCAGCAAACAAAACUCCUGUUUCAGUCUUUGCUAUUAACCCAAGAAGGAAGCACACAGGGAGGUGCUAUUUCAGGCGGUGACCACACUCUGUUUGAAGUUGCAAAAGACAUUCUCAGUAAGCUUCCAAAUGAUUUUGACAUUGAAGCAACUUUAGUAAAGUAUCCUAUAAAAUAUGAAGAAAGCAUGAACACAGUACUGGUGCAGGAGAUGGAAAGAUUUAACAAUUUAAUUAGAACAAUCCGCACUACCUUACAGAAUCUUAAGAAAGCUAUUAAAGGAUUAGUUGUCAUGGACUCUGAAUUGGAAGCCCUGGCUGGCAGCUUACUUAUUGCAAAGGUUCCAGAAUUGUGGGCCAAGUGUUCAUACCCAAGUCUUAAACCCCUGGGAAGUUACAUGACAGAUUUCUUAUUGAGGUUGAAAUUUUUACAGGAUUGGUUCGAUUUAGGAAAACCCAAUGUAUUUUGGCUCUCGGGUUUCUUUUUCACACAAGCUUUUUUAACUGGAGCUAUGCAGAACUAUGCCAGAAAAUACACUAUCCCUAUUGACUUAAUAGGAUAUGAAUUUCAGGUUAUUCCCUUGGAUACAUCUGACACAUCCCCAGAAGAUGGUGUUUAUAUCCAUGGAUUGUAUCUUGAUGGAGCUCGUUGGGAUAGACCAAGUGGAUUGCUUGCUGAACAACACCCUAAAAUUCUCUUUGAUUUGAUGCCAAUCAUAUGGAUAAAACCAAGUGAGAGUUCCCAGAUUAAGGAAACCAAUGAGUAUGUCUGUCCUCUCUAUAAGACAAGUGAACGGAAAGGAACCCUCUCCACUACUGGUCAUUCUACUAAUUUUGUCAUUGCAAUGCUCUUAAAAACAAAUAAGCCUGUCCAGCACUGGAUUAAGCGUGGUGUUGCUCUGCUUUGUCAACUUGAUGACUAGAAAACUCUCAAACGAUAUCAAAGGAGCUUGUUUAAGAAGUGACAUACUUCCAUAGAGGAGUCAACAUCUGGUUUAAAUAUAUUUCCUGGUACACCACAAGCUGUCCAUUAAAGGAAUAUUGGUGAUUCUUGA